CAAAGCAUGCACCUUGCACCAGGCUACAGGAUCUAAAGAAUUAGUGAAACUCUUUCAUAGUGCAGGACACACAAUAAGCUACCACAGCCUCUUAAAAGUUGAUACUGCUACCACAGCCUCUUAAGUAGGUGAUGUAUUAGUAACAAAAUGCAAACGAUCAACUUUCACGGCCUUCCCCAGCUUGUUGUGGCUUGAGGACAGGUCGCUUAAUUGUAGGCACCUGGGCUUGGAAGCCUUCAGUUCCCCGCUAAUUAUUCUUUCUGCUCUUCACUUCAGGAUCACCUGUCCAUCACUCAAGAUGAAAAAAUGCAACGGCUUUGAUAAGAAAUUGUGCUUCUGUGCCUUGGUCACCUUGGUCAGCUUCAUCUACUGGAUCAGCACAAUGAGUACUGCUGUGUCUCACCAACCCGCGUUCAAGAUGGCCCAUGUGGUCAGGGAUGACCCCACAGUGAUGCUGUCCAAGUCAGUAAAGGUGUCCCCUGGUGUCUCAAACAGUCCGCUGGUGCCUCAAACAGUCAAGGUUCCCUCUGCAGUCACAGUGCCCAACACAAUGAAGGUGCACCACACAGAGACAGUACCCCCUGCAGUCAAGAUUCCCCCUGGACUCAAGGUACCCCCUGAGAACAAGGUGCCCCACAAGGUCACAGUGCCCCCUGCAGUCAAAGUUACUUCUGGGGUAAAGGUGCCCCCUGCAGUCCCAGCACUAAAUACAGUCAAGGUGCCCCUCACAGACAAGGUUCUCCCUGUGGUCAAUGUGCUCCCUGAGGCUAAGGUCCCCCCAGCAGCCAUGGUGCCCCCUGUGGCAAAGGUUCCCCCUGGGGUCAAGGUGCCCCCUGUGGCAAAGGUUCCCCCUGGGGUCAAGUUGCCACCCACGAUUAAGGUUCCACCUGCCACAUGCCCCGUCCGGGUGAGCUAUGAGUCCAUCACGCGUCUGACUGGCACCGAGCACUUGCUGGUGUCGGCCUAUGUGGACGGGAGGUACCCUGGCAAGGACGUGCGCGUCAUCGCCAUCUGCAAGAGGUAUCCCUUGCCGCAGCUGCACUGCGUCUUCUGUUGCCAGGAUUCAUUGACUCAAGUGAGCCCGGCGAAGGUGGCGCCGCAUCCCCACCUCUGGGGCUACAAGUACGUCAGCACCUACGUCACGUGUCAGAUCCCGGCGGGUUGCCGAGACUCGCAUGUAACCCUGGUGCCGUCUGAACGCCGUGCCCAUACGGAGAACCUGACGUGGUUGCCCGUCAGGAACCGGAAGGAGGGGGCAAAGGUGGAGAGAAAACUAGAGUUCAACUUGACGGUAUGCAUCUCCGUCAUGUACCAACCAUUCAACGAUGUCCUCCGGACGGCGCAGGUCCUUGAGAUGUACAGAUUGCUGGGCGUGGACAAGGUGAUGAUCUACCACACCAGUAGCGGCCCGGAAAUGACCCGCUUAUUGCGCAGCUAUGGUCAGGAUGGUUUGGUGGAGAUCAUCCCUUGGCCUAUCGACAAGUUCCUCUACGUGGCUCCCGGUUGGCUUCCCUCAACGAGCCACGCCGACGUGCACUACUUCGGGCAAUUGGUCACGCUGAACGACUGCAUUUACCGAUCCAUGUAUCGCUCGCGCUACGUCCUCCUGAACGACGUGGACGAGAUCAUCAUGCCGUACCGCCACAACGACUUGGUGUCCAUGAUGAACGAGCUCCAACAGCAGCAUCCCGAUGUGAGCGAAUUCCAAAUCGACAGCCAGGUUUUUACCCGGCCGGAGAACGCUACAGAGAUUUUUGGAACAUCUAGAUGGGAAAACGUGCCGGGACUUGACAUCAUGCAACGCAUCCACCGCGCUCGUUAUUAUCGACAACACAAGAUGAUUGUUCAGCCAAGAUUGACGGAAGAGACAUCGGUGCACAUGGUGACGAAGCGAUCUGGGAAAUUCUACAUGGUCCCGGAGGAGGUGUGUCGCGUGGCUCACGUCCGCGACAUUUCGUCCGAAAUGCGCAAGCAGAAGGAACCCAUUCUGGAUAAGAGGCUGUUGGAUUUCCAGCAAAAACUCAUUCCCGCAGUCGAUCGCGCAUUGAAGUGCGGUUAUUAUUCGCAGUGCGAACAAGACCACAAAAAACCCUGAGUCUCACUUUUUGACAGCCGGUCACGGAAAACCCCGACAAUGGACAUCGACACCCCUCGGUUUGGACGUCUUUUGGGUUAAAAGGUUAAGAUUAAUAGGGUGUUUUGAGGAGCCUAAAAGGGAAACUAUGUUAAUGAAUGUAAAAUACAAGUGAUUAUUUUCUAUUAAAAGGCUCAGAAGGGAGGAUUUGGACAUUUUCUAUUUAAAUCCAUUUGAACCGAGAGGGUUGGCACUGAGCGAGAAGGUUUGUAAUUGACGUAAUCAGUAAUCAUGACCUUCUCGGUAAUGAUUGGGGAAUUUUCCUCCUCGCAAACUUCUCUGUCUUGUGGGGUGCCACAAGGCUCUAUUUUAGGGCCUGUUCUGUUUGCACUUUAUCUCCUACCUUUAGGAUCAAUUAUAAUAACACAUAAUAUCUCUUUUAAUUUUUAUGCUGAUGAGCUGCAGCUCUGAGACCCAACGAAGAAACUGCUCGCGCUAAAUUGAUGGAGUGCAUAUCCGAUGUGAAGCAGUGGCUAGCACAAAAUAUCUUAAUAAGAGCAAAACUGAAUAUAUUACUUCUGGCACACCUUUUAUGAUGAAUGCCCUUGAGCCCAACUCUGGCCACAGACUUACAUACAGACUUACAUAAUUGUAUUGACGGGUCACAUCCAUCAGCCACUGAGCAAAGCCUUCAAGUAGGAGGCUGUCCAACAGUCCGCUUCAGUUAUUCGCGGUCGGUCGCAGUUAGUCAACACAUGCAGGGAUCCAACGCCGGAUUUAGGUUGAAAAAGUACAAAAGCUGUACCGCAUACAAACAGGAAGGAUUGUUUCAGGAGUCAUUUGUUCGAGGAUUCAACGUUAUUAUUAUAUUUUUCGUACCAUGCAUGCAUUUUGAAAUGUUGUGAAAAAAAAUCAAUGGCAGAAAUUAGCCGCUACAGCAUUGGCAUUAUACUUUGCAAAAUUUACGUAAAAUAACAGCUAAAUGCAUGGUUUUUUGCUUUUAACCAAGAAUCGAGACUGUUUUACAUCCAUAUCUAUAAAGAAUUCAGGAAUUUAAGCAUUUAUUCACAAGAAUUUUCAACGGAAAAAGCUCUUUGUUUACACAUGGCGGCCGCUAACUUCCUUACUGGCUAGCCUCAUUGUACGCAAUAUUUACGUAAAAUAAAUGCUACCUGCACGCUUUUUUGCUUUUAACCAAGAAUCAAGACUGUUUUACGUCCAUAUCUAUAAAGAAUUUAGGGAUUUAAGCAUUUAUUCUCAAGAAGUUUUAACGGAAAAAGCUCUUUAUUUACAUAUGGCGGCCACUAAUUUCCUUACUGACUAGCCUCAUAGUUCGCAAUAUUUAAGUAAAACAAAUGUUACCUGCACGUUUUUUUGCCAAAUGCUACCUGCACGCUUUUUUGCUUUUAACCAAGAAUCAAGACUGUUUUACGUCCAUAUCUAUAAAGAAUUUAGGGAUUUAAGCAUUUAUUCACAAGAAUUUUUAACGGAAAAAGCUAUUUGUUUACAUAUGGCGGCCGCUAAUUUCCUUACUGACUAGCCUCAUAGUUCGCAAUAUUUAAGUAAAACAAAUGCUACAUGCACAGUUUAUUUGCUUUUAACCAAGAAUCAAGACUGUUUUACAUCCAUAUCUAUAAAGAAUUCAGGGAUUUAAGCAUUUAUUCACAAGAAUUUUUAACGGAAAAAGCUCUUUGUUUACAUAUGGCGGCCGCUAACUUCCUUACUACUACCCUCAUAGUUCGCAAUAUUUAAGUAAAAUAAAUGCUACCUGCACUUUUUGUUUUUUUUUUUUGCUUUUAACCAAGAAUCGAGACUGUUUUAUGUCCAUAUCUAUAAUUUAUGUAUUUAAGCCUUUAUUCACAGGAAUUUUCAAAGGAAAAAAGCUCUUUGUUUACAUAUGACGGACACUAAUUUCCUUAUUGACAAGCCUCAUAGUUCGCAAUAUUUACGUAAAACAAAUGCUACUUGCACGCUUUUUUGCUUUUAACCAAGAAUCAAGACUGUUUUACAUCCAUAUCUAUAAAGAAUUCAAGGAUUUAAGCAUUUAUUCACAAUUUUCAACGGAAAAAGUUCUUUGUUUACAUAUGGCGGCCGCUAACUUCCUUACUGACUAGCCUUAUAGUUCGCAAUAUUUAAGUAAAAUAAAUGCUACCUGCACGUUUUUUUUUGUUUGUUUUUUUCUUUUAACCAAGAAUCGAGACUGUUUUACGUCCAUAUCUAUAAAGAAUUCAGGUAUUUAAGCAUUUAUUCACAGGAAUUUUCAACGGAAAAAGCUCUUUGUUUACAUAUGGCGGCCGCUAGUUUCCUUACUGACUUGCCUCAUAGUUCGCAAUAUUUACGUGAAAUAAAUGCUACCUGCACGUUUUUUUUUUUUGCUUUUAACCAAGAAUCAAGACUGUUUUACGUCCAUAUCUAUAAAGAAUUCAGGGAUCUAAGCAUAAUUCACAAGAUUGUGAACGGAAAAAGCUCUUUGUUUACAUAUGGCAGCUGCUAAAUUCCUUACUGAGGAGCCUUAUUUAGUUCGCAAGUUUACGUAAAAUAAAUGCUACCAGCACUUUUUUUUUUUGCUUUAAAAAAAAUCGAGACUGUGUUACGUUCAUAUAGAUAUAUAAAGAAUUCAGGGAUUUAAGCAUUUAUUCACAAGAAUUUUCAACGGAAAAAGCUCUUUGUCUGUGUUUCCACUUGGUUAUUCUCCCUAAGAAUCGGCCCUGUGUCCCGUCAAUACAUAAUGAAGUCUAUGCUCUGGCCCUCAGUCUCCCUUUUUUAAGACACGCGUUAAAAAUCUCUGAGUGAUAUUCGAUAGCAGGCUCAACUUUGAAAAACAGAUUAGUUCUGUUGUAAGAGCAAGUUUUCUCCUGCUCCGUCUCCUGGCCAAAGUGAAGACUUUUCUUAGUCGCUACAACCUUGAAAAAGCACUUCACGCUUUUAUAAGCUCAAGGCUGGACUACUGCAAUGCACUUUAUGUUGGUCUUCCCAAGUCCUCUAUUUCUCAACUUGUUCACAAUGCUGCUGCACGAUUUUUAACCGGGACACCUAGACGUGAACAUAUUACCUCCAUGCUACCAUCGCUCCAUGGCUUCCAGUCCAUUUUAGGAUUGAUUUCAAACCUUUACCGUUUGAUUUGAAUUCUAUUUCAUUCAUUUUUCGGAAAUUUUAACCCUCCGUAACUCUGACUGGACUUUUCGUUAUACCGGCAAGCUUCUUUUGCAAGUUCCGAGGUCGAAACUUAAACAGUGAGGAGACCUUUUGCGGUUGCUGCCCCUAGGUCUGGAAUAGCCUUUUCCCUGAAAUCCGCACCAUUAUGAAUCCAGGCCUUUUUAAAUCUCGGUUAAAGACACACUUUCUUAGACUUGCCUUUUCCCCAGACUAGGGUAGCCUGGUUUUAUUUCUUAAGGGAUUUUAAUGUUUUCGUAUUUUAUCUGUUUUAUUGUUUGAUUUGCUGCUUUGACUUUAAUCGCAAUGCACUGUUUUUGUUUUGUUUUCUUUCUUUCUUAAUGUCAUUAUACAAUACUUUCCUGCCUUUUAUUUAUCAUGAACCAUGUUUGUCUUUGUUGUAAAGCAUUUUGAAGACCUUUUGGGUUUUUGUAAAGGGCUAUAUAAAUA